GUGAACUCUGAGUUCUACACGGGGUGGCUGGACCACUGGGGGGACCAGCAUGCUCAGGUGGACACCCAGAAGGUCAGCAGGAUGCUGGGGGAGAUGCUCAGCAUGGGAGCCAGCGUCAACAUGUAUAUGUUUGAAGGAGGGACCAACUUCGGCUACUGGAAUGGAGCGGACCAUGAUAACAGGUUUAGGUCGGUAGUGACCAGUUAUGACUACAACGCCCCUCUGUCUGAGGCAGGAGACCCUACAGAGAAACUACUAGCCAUACGGGACACCAUCAGCAAGUUCAGAGACAUCCCUGUGGGUCCCAUGCCCCAGCCUCUCCCAAGAUGGCCUAUGGCUUUGUGA